AAUUAGUCCAUUUUGGUCAUUAAAAUAAAAUAGCCUUAAAAAAUAUCAACAUACCUCUUUUUAUUUUUAUUUUUUUAAUAUUUACUUUUUUAUUUUUUUUAAUUUGAAAUUCUAUCUUCAAAACUCCAUAUUUUAACUCUAAGCUCUAUGUCUAAAUUAGUUACCCAUAGAUAUAAAUGUAUAUUUACCAUUUAAUAAAAAAAUAUUGGUCAUUUUUUUUCUUUAAAUGCUAUUUUAUGAAAAUAAACUAAAAAACUUAUUCUAUAAAAUAUUUCUUUAAUAAUUUGAUAAAACACGGAUAAGCAAAUAGAAAAAGUUUGGAUUACAUAUCACUAUGUCAGUAAAGAGGGAAAAGAUAAACCGCUUUGUAGAUAUUAGAGCAGUUCCAAUAGAAGUUUCUAAAUUAAUAUCUAAUUUAUAGUUACAAAAAAAAGUCAAAAGUGUCAGAACUGGUUCUAAACAUCUUGAGAACCUUUGAAAUGUUGUUUUUGUAAAUGUUACCUUUUAACUGGUUUAUGCAGAAAAACAAAAUUUAAUUUCGUUACAUAAUAAAUUUAUUUUAGAAUAUUAUUAUUAUUAGGUGUCAGAGAUACUCAACAAUUAGCUAAAAAAAACCACAAAGAAGUUGGAAAUUAAGUAAAUAUACAUGAUAUGACAAGUUGUGUGUAACAAAGAUACUAUGGUGUGGGAUUUAAGGUAUUGAGUUAAUUACGAAAAAGUUGUGUAUAUGAGAUGCAAUUUCACUACUGCUUUUUGGUACUUAACCGUUAAUGGUGCCCUAAUAAGUAUCCGACAAUGAAAAACACAAGUACUCUGAUCGCCUUCUCCGAUUAUCACUGAAAGCUCUUCCUAAGUGAUCCCAAAUCGACCUAGCACAUGUAUCCCUAUUCCUCUUUUGCUAAAGCAUCACCUGAAAUAACUAAAACACUUCAAACUCGUUGGAUUGAUAAAAUCUAAGAUUUACUAGUGGAAUAAAAAGUGGAAAAUCUUCAGACAUCUUCAAAGAAGACCUCAAAUAUAUUUUUAUAAUCUUAAACUGAUCCGAUCCAUCUCAAUUCUCACUAAAAAUAAAUUUACAUUCUCCUGAAAUUUACAUCGGCUAGUGAAGAUUUAUUCUAAAAAGUUGAUUUUUCUAUAAAGUUGAUUCAUAUAAUAUGAAGAGUUCUGCAUUUAUUAAUCUAUACUUUCUCUUUAUUUCUUUUGCUUCUGCACCUCAUUCAAAUUUUAUUGACUUAAAAUUGUGGACUCAAAUUUACACCUCCAACGAUAUUGUCGUUGCAUCAUUACUCAUAUUUAAAGCUACACAAUACAAUUUUGUAGGAAAUCAUGUACUCCCUCCGUUUUUUAAUAUAAGUCGUUUUAGAGAAUUUUUUUUGUUUCAAAUUAUAUGUCGUUUUCGGUUUUCUAUGUAAAAUUUAUUAAUAAUUAAUGUUGUAUGACCAAUGGUAAUAUAUCUUCUAUUUUUCUAUUGGUUGAAUUGUGGUUAGGUAAAUAAUUAAUGAUGUUUUUGUUUAGAAAAUAUAAAAAAUUAAUGGUUUUCUUAAUCUACGUGCAUAGCUGUAAAACGACUUAUAUAAAAAAACGGAGAGAGUACUUAUAAAUCAUUCUAUAUGUAAACAUAUUGUGUUUUUUUAAAGUAGUUUAUUCGCUCUCAAAAUAAUGUAAAAUAGAUAAGGAGCUGUAAAGAACUUCCCUACAAAGCACAUUUAUUCCGUGGAGUUUCCUCUCAUAAUUUCAAAAAAACAAAACAAAAAUUCAUUGAAAUAGGAAUACAUGCAAAUAGCAUGAUGACAAGAUCAGAAAAAGGAAAAACACUUGUUUCUAAUCCAAGCUAACAUUCUACCAACACACAAGUUGAUCAAACGCCCAAUACGCAAGAGGAAACCAACUUGAUAAAAACAAAAUGAAACGAGCCACAUAACACGGCCGGGUAACAUAAAACGAAGAUGUUAGUGUAACUUUUUCUUUGUUUCGUUGUUCUCGCAGGCUUGAGAAUUUGAAGAGAUUAUCAUUUGAUGUAAGCCAAAUAAUAAGUAGUACGUAGACGAAGGAGCUCACAAAAAAAUGGCAAAUGAGAGAGCAGAGCAAUACCAAGGGAAGACCACCGGGUUCGUCACCAUAACUUGCCUUGUUGCGGCCAUUGGUGGAUGCAUGUUUGGAUAUGACGUCGGAGUCGCAGGUGGUGUCACAUCGACGGAUGACUUCCUCAGAGAGUUUUUCUCCAACGUGUAUGCCAAAAGGAGAAACGCUCACGAAAAUAACUAUUGCAAGUUCAACGAUCAAGGACUUGCCGCCUUCAACUCAUCACUCUACAUUGCUGGUUUGGUUGCCACACUUGUGGCCGCACCAAUCACUAAAAAAUAUGGACGUCGUGUAAGCAUCAUAUGCGCUGGGAUCUUCUUCCUAGUUGGAGCUGCUGUGAAUGCUGGAUCAGUGAACCUCUCCAUGCUUCUCCUCGGACGGAUUAUGCUUGGCUUUGGCGUUGGAUUUGAAUCCCAGGCAGUUCCUGUAUACUUAUCAGAGGUGUCACCAGCCCAUAUAAGAGGUGCUCUCAGCGUUUUGUUUCAGUUGGCAACAACUCUUGGGAUCUUUUCAGCCAACAUGAUCAGUUACGUGACGCAGAAGCUUAGUCCCUGGGGAUGGAGGCUGGCUCUUGGUACAGCCGCUUUUCCAGCUCUGCUCAUGUCUCUCGGAGGCUACUUCCUUCCCGAGACUCCCAACAGCUUGAUCCAAAGAGGGUUGACUGAAAAAGGCCGACAUGUCCUCGAGAAGCUAAGGGGAACUAGUAACGUCGACGCCGAGUUUCAAGAUCUGAUAGACGCCAGCCUCUUGGCAAACUCCAUCAAGCAUCCUUUCAGAGAGAUUCUGGAGAAACGCCACAGGCCUCAGCUUGUCAUGGCGGUUCUCAUGCCUAUGUUUCAGAUUCUUACCGGCGUGAACUGCAUUCUCUUUUACGCACCUGUUAUGUUCCUCACGAUGGGAUUUGGUGAAAACUCUUUGCUCUACUCGGGAGUUCUAUUAGGAUUUGUCCUUGUUCUUUCAACUUUUGUUUCUAUCGGGUUAGUGGACAAGCUAGGACGACGACCUCUGCUCUUAAGCGGCGGAUUACAAAUGAUCACCUGCCAGAUCAUAGUCUCGGCGAUCUUGGGAUUGAAACUUGGAGACAACCAAGAGCUGUCAAAAGGAUACUCCAUCAUGUUGGUCAUCUUCUUUUCACUCUUUGUUCUCGGAUACGGAUGGUCAUGGGGUCCUCUCGGCUACACUGUACCGAGUGAAGUGUUUCCCUUGGCCAUCCGUUCCGCAGGGCAGAGUAUCACCGUUGCUGUCAAUCUCCUCUUCACCUUCAUCGUGGCUCAGGCAUUUCUUUACCUCCUAUGUGCACUCAAGUUUGGUAUCUUUCUUUUAUUUGCUUGUUGCGUUUCUGUGAUGACCAUCUUUGUCUACUUCAUGUUGCCUGAGACCAAAGGAGUGCCAAUUGAAGAAAUGUCACUCAUUUGGACCGAACAUUGGUUCUGGAAGAAAAUGUUGCCUGAAAACUAGCUAUAAGACCAGCCAUGCACAAAGCACUAAAGCAGUUUGCCUAGAACUACUGUAAGGAAAACCAUUUCCAUCUAACCUAAUAAUUGAUUAUGUCCAAAUGUUUUCAAAUUCAUUACAGCUUCUGCUGCAUUACUAAUAACUUUUGCAUAUUUUGCCUCAAAAAUGUAUAUAUCUUUUUAUCAUUGUUCUAAAAAGUAUAUUUUUCCCGCA